AACAAACAUUGAUGCAUUGAUCAGGACUUUUGGAAGCAAAGAAAACUUGAAGAAUUCUCAGUAAGAGAGAACUAGAUGUUGAGAACAAACUAAAUGAGGCAAGAGUUACUUUGCUGUUUAGCGUCUAAGAACUAAUGUAAUUGCCACGUUAAAAAGAAAAAAAUGAGCAGCACAUGCAUUGAUGAACAACACGACCUGGAUCACUAUUUGUUUCCAAUAGUUUACAUCUUUGUGGUAAUAGUCAGCAUUCCAGCCAACAUUGGUUCGCUCUGUGUGUCUUUUCUGCAAGCAAAGAAAGAAAAUGAAUUAGGAAUUUAUCUCUUCAGCUUGUCAUUGUCAGACCUGCUGUAUACGCUCACUCUCCCUCUGUGGAUUAAUUAUACCUGGAAUAAUGACAACUGGACUUUCUCUGCUGCACUGUGCAAGGCAUGUGCUUUCUUCAUGUACAUGAACUUCUACAGCAGCACAGCCUUCCUCACCUGCAUCGCUGUUGAUCGGUUCUUAGCAGUUGUCUACCCUUUGAAGUUUUUUUUCCUUAGAACAAGAAGAUUUGCGUUCAUGGUCAGUCUAUCCAUCUGGGUAAUGGAAACCAUCUUCAAUGCUGUCAUUUUGUGGGAAGAUGAGACAUCUACAGAAUACUGUGAUGCCAAGAAGUCUAAUUUUACUCUAUGCUAUGACAAAUACCCUUUGGAGAAAUGGCAAAUUAAAUUCAACCUGUUUAGGACAUGUACGGGCUAUGCAAUACCUUUGGUCAUUAUGAUGAUUUGCAACCAGAAAGUUUACCAAGCGGUGCGGCGGAAUCAAGCCACGGAAAACAAUGAAAAGAGAAAAAUCAUAAAACUACUUAUUAGUAUCACAUUGACUUUUGUCUUGUGCUUCACUCCCUUUCAUGUGAUGUUGCUGCUUCGCAGCAUUUUAGAGCCUAUAUCUAACUACAAGUCUGGGAAGCAGGCUUAUACAAUGUAUAGAAUCACAGUUGCAUUAACAAGUUUAAAUUGUGUUGCUGAUCCAAUUCUGUACUGUUUUGUAACUGAAACAGGAAGAUCUGAUAUGUGGAAUAUAGUAAAGUUCUGUACUGGGAAGAUUAAUAAAUCACAAACCCAUUCUAUAUCUACAAAAGAUACUAUGGAGUUACACACCCUGGAAUAG